AUGGCGUCUGGCCACCACAGACGGGUGUUCCUCCACGUGCUGGCCGACACCCUUGGCAGUGUGGGCGUCAUCAUCUCCACAGUGCUGAUCCGACAAUUUGGUUGGCUCAUCGCAGACCCCAUCUGCUCGCUCUUCAUCGCCACACUCAUCUUCCUCAGUGUCCUGCCUCUGCUCAAAGACGCCUGCCAAGUGCUGCUGCUGCGGGUUCCCAACGAGCACGAGAAAGAUCUCACCACGGCCCUGGAGAAGAUUGAGAAGAUGGAGGGGGUGAUCUCCUACAGAGACGCACACUUCUGGAGGCACUCUGCCACCGUCAUGGCCGGGACCAUCCACCUGCAGGUCCUGCCCGAUGUGGUGGAGCAGCGUGUCAUUCAGCAGGUGACGUCUGCUCUGAAGGACGCUGGUGUGAACAACCUGUCGGUGCAGGUGGAGAAAGAGGCGUACUUCCAGCACAUGGCCGGACUGAGCAGCGGCUUCCAAGACGUGCUCCAGCUAACUCAGCAAAUGCACUCCCUCAAGAACCUGCACGAUGGCACCUGCAUCAUGUGA